AAAGCGCAGCAGAAGCUGCUUUGCAUCGGAUCCUGAUCACUCGCAGUGUAGAGCCGUUGCUCAGGAUGCCUGUCGAAAUGCACAAUAGGAACACAAAUUGAACACCAUGUAACCGCUGGAUUCUUCGAUGGGCAACGUCUCCCGCGGCGCGCGCCCUCCUCGAUGCAGACGGUGAUGCGGCGAGGUGUGGGUGUGCGCUCCUGAAGACCGCGGAGGAGAGGAGAGGAGAGGAGAGAAGAGGAGAGGAGGAGAGGAGGAGAGGAGAGGAGAGGAGAGAGGAGGAGAGGAGCAGCCCUCAGCCGCCGCAGCAGCAGCAGCACGCCGCGCAUGAUGUGUCUUGACUCCCUGCCGUUUUCCAUCCUCUCGGCUCAAGUCGACUGAAGCGGCCGACAGGACCUAAAGACAUUUCCCCCAGCAGCAACAGCCAGAGAAUCAAGAUGAAAUUUCCGACUGAGAAUCCAAGAAAACCAGGGAGCAUGAACCCUCCACCAGUGGCAGUGCAAACCAACCUGGUCCCCCCGAAGAAGGUGCAGCCAGGCAUGCUUCAGUCCAGCCUGGUGCACGCAAGCGUUGCCACCAUGCAGAACCCAAUGGGCUGCGCUCUGCCCCGGCUCUCUGUUUCCUCCCGCCCUGCCAGCAUGGUGGCCAGCAUGGAGGCGGUGGCUGACGGCACAGCCCCAUUCACUAUGAUGAAGCUGAAAACAGUGCUGGCGGUGUUUGUGGUGGUGGUGGCCUACCUGGUGGCAGGGGGCCUAGUGUUCCAGGCGCUGGAGCAGGCCUUUGAAAACAUCCAGAAGAUCACCAUCACAGCAGAGAAGGCUGCCUUCCUGCAGAAACACCCGUGUGUGUCCCCCGACGAGCUGGAGGCUAUCAUCAAGCACUCUGUAGAGGCUGUGAAUGCUGGAGUGAAUCCGAUCGGUGACACAUCCUACAACUCCAGUCACUGGGAUCUGGGUAGUGCCUUUUUCUUCGCUGGAACUGUCAUCACAACAAUAGGUUACGGUAACAUUGCCCCAAGCACUGAGGGAGGGAAGAUUUUCUGCAUUCUGUAUGCAAUAUUUGGCAUCCCGCUGUUUGGAUUCCUGCUGGCUGGCGUCGGGGACCAGCUAGGUACCAUAUUUGUCAAAAGCAUUGCCAAGGUGGAGAAGAUGUUCCGGAAUAAUCACAACCAGAUCAGUCAGACUAAAAUUCGUGUGGCCUCCACCCUCCUCUUCAUCCUUGCUGGCUGCAUCCUUUUUGUCACCAUCCCAGCAGUGAUCUUCAAACACAUUGAGGGCUGGACGGCUCUGGAGUCCACAUAUUUCGUGGUUAUUACUCUGACAACAGUUGGAAUAGGUGACUAUGUGGCAGGAGGAGACCGGAGGAUUGAGUACCGGAAGUGGUACAGACCACUGGUGUGGUUCUGGAUCCUGGGUGGUCUAGCCUACUUUGCUGCCGUGCUGAACAUGAUUGGUGACUGGCUGAGGGUGCUGUCCAAAAAGACAAAAGAAGAGGUUGGAGAGAUCAAGGCUCACGCAGCAGAGUGGAAAGCAAACGUGCGUGCAGAGUUUCGGGAGACGCGUCGGCGUAUGAGUGUUGAGGUCCAUGACAAGCUGCAGCGAGCCGCCACCAUCCGGAGCAUGGAGAGAAGGCAGCUGGGCCUGGACCAGCGUGCUGUGUCCCUAGACAUGCUUUCCCCAGAGCGCCGUGCCAUCUUCAACAGUCUGGACACCAACAGUUAUAAGACUGCUUCCCAGGAGAGCAUUGACACCAAGCUGAACAACCUCCGGCUGCGGGGCAUCGAGCAGUGCGACCGGCGCUCCAACCACCAAACCACGUCUGAGGAUAACAUUUUCAACCGUCUGGGCUCUGUCACCAAGCUGGCCAAGCGCAACAGGAAUCGUGACCUGAAGAAGAACAUCCCGGACGAGGCCCGCCGACCUCACAGCGAGGCCUAUGGCUGCAGCUUUGACUGCAGCACACCCUCUGCAGAUGAAGGGAAAAGGAAGGACUAUGGAGAAGAUGAGAAUGAAGAAAAGGAGUGCAACACUAGCUUGUCGGAGUUUCCACUGUUUGUGGAAGCUUGCAAGCCACAUAAUGGGUUUAUACCUGAGCAGACCAAAGAGAAUGAGAAUGAGAAAACACUUGAAGCAAAAGAGCUGCAUUUUCAGAUGGGCCCAUAGACAGAGUGUAUUCCUACAAGAGGUUAUAAAUACCACCAGUAGUGCCUUGGAUCUCCCUCAAUCCAGUGUGUGCUUAAGCUCUUCGUGCUAAAUAUUGUAAUGUUCACAGUAUUCACUGUGUCUUAUGGAUCUGAUGAGACACAUUGUGUUUUAUAAAUGUAAGACCUGGUAGGGUGUCUUCAAUUGUGCUCUGCCAAAUGGUGGUCAUAUUAAAAAAAGUUGUUAGGUGUUAUAAUAACUUUGAUCCUAGUUCUGCAGCUGUGGCCAUUAUUUCUCUCAGUAAUGCUAACACUCAACUAAGCUAAAGUAAUGUCAAUGAGAUGUACUCUAACAUAUGCGUACGUCAACCAGCAAAAAUGAACGCAACUGCAGCUGGCUUAUGAGCCCCGACAAAGUUUUAGGUCAGUCUUGUGUAUUGUCUGUAUGUCGGGCGCAGAAAUUCUGUUUGGUUGACAGCAUUGAUGAUUCACAUGUAUAAUAAACCUACCAGUGUGACAGCUGUUGUUAAUUUUAGCAUAAAAUACAUAUUUUCCUGCACAAAGUCCAGAACCAACAAGGCCACACUGUACAUGCAGCCCAUAAUGUGUGUCCGACUGUACAUGACGACAUACACAACAACACGUCCACUUAUCCAGACAACGAGUUUGGUAUCAAAGAAAGUGUGUUUAUCGACUGUCUGUCUUAACACAUCUGGACAGGUGUUAUUUUUCAUUUCAACGCCUGCAGAAUGAUUUGGUUUACACCCACUCAAUCACUUGAUUUUGAAACCAGUUAGUGAUUUGUCACAAUUCUGUGUCAGUUUUAAUCAACCAGAUUAUGCAGAUGACACUUACCUCCUUUGUGUUAGGUGUGUCUUUCGUGUUUUACUUUACAUCUCCGAUAUAGCUACUGGUUAUCCUGUACCCUACUUGUUGAUGAGGUAAUACUGAAAAUGGAGAGAGAAAUAUUGGAUUGGUUUUCUAAAACCUGAGCUGCUACUCAAGGGAUUAUUGAUCCCUUCCAUAUGGUGUAAGGCCUUUAAUUUUACGAGACAAUGCUGACAAGUGCUGCUGCUGUGUCCGAAUACCUCCACUCUGAAGUCCGACAGACAUUUUCCCUCUCUCCUCAUCAGACUUUGUUUUGUCAACAUUGUCCCAGAUGUUACCAUUUCAUUUGGAGUGUACCUUGUUAUCAUCACUGAUAGAAAUGGUGGCCAAAACUUUGUUAUAUCCAGAUUCUUUACAUCUUGAACCCAGUUCCAUUAAAUCUGGAAUUCUUUUUUACACAGAAUGAGAGGCGGUUGAUCAAAUCCAAGAUGAAUUGGCUGUCAAUCCGACAAUGCCGAGCAGAAAUUGGAGAAACACUAUGUAAGCAUAAUGAAUUGGAAUUCAUGGAUUGCACUGCUAGAUGUGUUACAUUUAAUGGGUGCCAAUGAGGAUAUUUUGAAUAUUUUAAAUUAGGGGUCUGACAUGGACCUCCAACUCGGUGCUGUGACUCCAUAUGUGGCUAAAGUGAGAACAUAAGUAACAAACAAAAAUUAUAAAUUAAAAAGUCAACCCCAAAAAAUGCUGCUGUGAAAUAGUACAAUAGUAACAUGAGAGAAGCUUCAUCUAAAUGUAACAAUGUGUUUAUUGUCAUGUUGUUUUUACAUGUUGCCUAUUGGAACUCAGUUCUUAAAAUGUGCAUUUAAAUGUGAACUAAAAAAAGACUGAGACUCGGUGCAUGAUCCCUAAGCUAAGCUUUUGUCUCGGUACCAUAUCCAAAAAAUGCUUCCUGGAUCAUGACUUCUUUGAACACUAACUCAGGGCUUGUUGUCCUAAUAUUUGUGGUUGACAGUGUUUGACAAGUGCUGCAUUCACACUUUGAUAGGAUCAGAGGACAGUGACUGCACCUAUGCUCCAUGAAAAUGAAUGAAAACAGAAUGGAAGCUAAGCCAUAAUACAAGAUGAGGGACUGUUCCACAGAAAGAGUACACUGUGUACUUUUCAUUGAACUUGACUCAAGCUUAUCCACAGACUGUCAAACAGAUGAAAGUGAAAGUCAGGAAGUGCCUGAAGGGUCUUUCUGGAGCAUGGAUUUUGGGUUAACCUCUCAUCUACAUCCUGGAAAAUCUAAACAUGAACAAAGUGUAAGGAGCCUGGAUGGAGCUGAGCUGGGACAAGCUAAUGGCAAGCACCACUGCUGACAUGCUUGAUAGGCUGUCAAUCUAGAAAACAUACCACAAAACAUACUGUAGAAGCCUUAAUACCUCUUUGGUAAAUGUUCACACUCCCAACAACGAUGCAAAGAAGGUGGGAAAAUAGCUCUAGAGAGCCAAACUUCUUGUGGAAAAAAGUACUGUAUUCCUGCUGAAAAUGUGGGUCAUUUUAAGCGGAUUUCUAUGCAGUUGGAAAUUUUUCACAGCCAGCAUCUAGUGGCCACCAAUGGUACCGCAGCUCCUGUGUGGUGACUGCUUGAGUGGACAAUGUUCUUCCCACAACGUACAGUACAUGUUCCAUUGAGGGAAAUGACAUGAGCUAGGUCACUGAUUGUAUAACAGUGACAUUAUGAUGGUCACAUUCACUUUUUCACAUACACUCCCCAAACUGUUAAUGUACUCACUACCUGUGUAUGCACAUAUUUUUCUGAUCCUACUGUUCACAUUACUAAGUGAAAAUCUAGGCUAGUGUGAAUGCAGCAAAAGCAAGGACUACAUAUGUUUUUAAAUGCUUCUAGGAACUACAAAAAUUUCAACGUUUAAAAAGAAAAUCAAGACAUGGAACAAAAAAGGCAUGCUAUGUUGCAAAACUAUAUUACAAUGUAUAUGGUGUUGAUUGUAAACAACUACAUGCUUCACAGGAUAAUGCUUACCACCAUUUUUUGUUUUUGUAAAACUGCCUGUGACGCACAAGCAGCUAGUGCUCUGUACUUGGACGUUGCUCACAUUAUGUCUCAUGCAACCAUUACAUGAAAUGUAGUGAUUGCCUUUUCGAAAUAAAGAUCACUGAAUGAUA